GCAUGCGCGGGAGCCUGGAUUUGGCUCAACUUGGCCGGAUGCGGGCGGUGCUGCGGCAAUGGCGGCGCUCGGAGGUGCAACGGGUGGUGGAAAUUGGUUUUCGGCUUUGGCGCUCGGGGUGACUCUCCUCAAAUGCCUUCUCAUCCCCACCUACCAUUCCACAGAUUUUGAAGUACACCGAAACUGGCUUGCUAUCACUCACAGUUUGCCAAUAUCACAGUGGUAUUAUGAGGCAACUUCAGAGUGGACCUUGGAUUACCCCCCUUUUUUUGCAUGGUUGGAGUAUGUGCUGUCACAUGUUGCCAAAUAUUUUGAUCAAGAGAUGCUGAAUGUCCAUAAUCUGAAUUACUCCAGCCCACGGACCAUACUUUUCCAGAGAUUUUCCGUCAUCUUUACAGAUGCACUCUUUGUGUAUGCUGUCCACGAGUGCUGUAAAUGCAUCGAUGGGAAAAAAGCAAGUAAAGAACUUACAGAGAAGCCAAAGUUUAUUCUAUCAGUAUUACUGCUAUGGAACUUCGGGUUGUUAAUUGUGGACCAUAUUCAUUUCCAGUACAAUGGUUUUUUAUUUGGAUUAAUGCUACUCUCCAUUGCACGAUUAUUUCAGAAAAGGCAUAUGGAAGGAGCAUUUCUCUUUGCUGUUCUCCUACAUUUCAAGCACAUCUAUCUCUAUGUAGCACCAGCUUAUGGUGUAUAUCUGCUGCGAUCUUACUGUUUCACUGCAAAUAAACCAGAUGGGUCUAUCCGAUGGAACAGUUUCAGCUUUGUCCGUGUUAUUUCCCUGGGACUAGUUGUUUUCCUAGUUUCUGCUCUUUCAUUGGGUCCAUUCCUAGCCUUGAACCAACUGCCUCAAGUCUUUUCUCGACUCUUUCCUUUCAAGCGAGGCCUCUGCCAUGCGUAUUGGGCUCCAAACUUCUGGGCUUUGUACAACGCUUUGGACAAAGUGCUGUCUGUUAUUGGUUUGAAAUUGAAACUUCUUGAUCCCAACAAGAUUCCCAAGGCCUCAAUGACAAGCGGUUUGGUUCAGCAGUUCCAACAUACGGUCCUUCCCUCAGUGACUCCCUUGGCAACCCUCAUCUGCACUCUGAUUGCCAUAUUGCCCUCUAUUUUCUGUCUUUGGUUUAAACCCCAAGGGCCCAGAGGCUUUCUCCGGUGUCUGAUUCUUUGUGCCUUGAGCUCCUUCAUGUUUGGAUGGCAUGUCCAUGAAAAAGCCAUACUGCUAGCAGUUCUUCCAAUGAGCCUUUUGUCUGUGGGAAAAGCAGGAGAUGCUUCAAUUUUUCUGAUUCUGACGACAACAGGACAUUAUUCCCUCUUCCCUCUGCUCUUCACUACACCAGAGCUUCCCAUUAAAGUCUUACUCAUGUUACUAUUCACCAUCUAUAGUAUAUCCUCACUGAAGACUCUAUUCAGAAAAGAAAAACCUCUUUUUAAUUGGAUGGAAACUUUCUACCUCUUUGGCCUGGGGCCUCUGGAGGUCUGCUGUGAAUUUGUAUUUCCUUUCACCUCAUGGAAGCUGAAGUACCCCUUUAUCCCUUUGUUACUGACCUCAGUGUAUUGUGCAGUGGGCAUCACAUAUGCUUGGUUCAAACUGUAUGUUUCAGUAUUGACUGACCCUCCUGUUGGCAAGACAAAGAAGCAAUGAAUAAAGGAACUGCUUGGAUGUAUGCCAAGCAAUUAUUUCAUGGAAAAUUAAUCAGAACUUGAAGAAAGUUGCUGGUGUCAUGAGCCAUUCAUUUCAGUAGAUCUGUUUGGAGAACCAUUCUUCUAAAGUUGGUCUUGCCCAGCCUAGCAACAUGAUUGUCACCAUGGUGAGAAGCCACUUGCCCUCCAUAAGCAGUGAAACAUCUGAGAAAGAUCUCGCCUUCCCCUCUUAAAAUUGUCUGAGAUCAUUCAGACUGCUGUACUCACUCAGGGCAAACAUGGAGUCUGAUUAACAGCAUAAUUACGUGAGCCUAUGCUAACCACAGUCAGAAUAUAAGGCAUAAUUAGAAUACUUUGCUAAGGGAAAUAUAAAUAAAAUGCCAUUUUUUAUUUCUGCACAAAAAA